AUGCUGAAGCAGGAGCGUGCAGCGGUUGAGGCGGCGAGAGCCCUGGUGGAGAUGCACGGGAAGCAGCAGCAGCAGGAGGCAGAGGCUAGCGGAAAGAAAAAAGGGAAAGAGAAGCAAAAAGGAGGAACCUCGUCAGGUGCUGCUGCUGCAGCAAACGACAAACAGCAACAGCAGCAACAGCAAGCGCAGCAACCACAGCCGCCACCACAACAGCAGCAGCAGCCACAGCUGCCACAGGUGCCACCGAUACUGCAACAAAUGCCUCUACUGGUGCUGCAGAAUCCACAGCAGCAGCAGCAGGUGCAAACAGCACUGAUAACACAGCAGCAGCAAGCACAACCACCAGCACUGCCGCAGCUGCAGCAGCCGCAACUGCAGUUGCAGCCGGGGCAGCAACCAGCGCCUCUACUAAUGCUGCAGAGUCAGAACCAACAGCAGCAGCAGCAACAGCAACAGCAGCAGCAGCAACAGCAACAGCAGCAACCGCAACAGCAGCUACAACAGCAGCAACAGCAACCGCAGCUACAACAGCAGCCUCCGACACAGCAGCAACAACAGCCUCUACUAGUACUCCAGCCUCAGCAGCAACCCCAGCAGCAACAGCAGCCUAGCAUGCAGCAGCCCCUAAUGACACCACAGCAGCAACCACUUUUAGUGCUGCAGCAACCGCAGCCGCAACUGCUGCUGCCGCCUUUACAGCAACCACAGCUGCAGCUGCAGCAGCAGCCGCAGGGCGUCCCCGUGCAACAGCAGCAACUGCAGCAGCAGCCUCAGCCCACACAAACGGUGUUGCUGCAUCAGCAAGGAGAUAAAGUGGUGCUGGUAGUGCCGGACCAACAGCAGGCGGCUCUGCUGCAGCAGCAGCAGAGCAAGGAGAUAAAGUGGUGCUGGUAG